AACAGGAUCUCUGCGACGGCGACGGACGCUGCUGAAUGCCCUCUUGUUCCGAUGGUUAUUCGUUUCGGCGUUGGGACAGAACGCGGGAGGCGGCUAGUGAUUCUAGCAGCACUCGUCGUCUUCGCCGAGUCGAGGUACCUGCUAAAGCACGUUACACCGAACGACUGCGACGAGCAUAGCUACUACAACGACAUCGCUCACAACUGCGUCAAGUGUGGCGCCAACGGAGGUCAAGAAGGUCUUCAAGUGGCAUCCAAAGACGGCUUGUCAUGCAAGUGCCUGCCACGUCACCGGAUGACGGUGCGUCGAAGUGCCACAAAACUUUCCUGCGUGCCAUGCCCUCCGAACCAGGUGGCAUCAUCAGACGGUUGGGAAUGCGUUCUGUGUGCAGCUCAGUCCCCUUUUCAGAGCUCUACCAACAGUUGCAGCAGCUGCACUGAUGGAGUGUUUGAAGAGGUUUUGGACGACACUGGCUCCAAGUGGCUGACAUGUAAGAAGUGCCACGGACAAACCUGGCCCGACCCAAACCUGAGAAAAUGUGUGGUCUGUCCACCAGAGUUUCAGGUUGCUGACAACAGCACUUGUUCUUGUCCACCUGAAAAGUAUGUCCUGACUGAUGGCAGCUGUCUUCCACAAGAUAUGCUGGAUGCAAACCUUGAGUCGGCUCAGCACAUCACAUAUGAGGGUGGCACCAUACUUUCUAUGCUAUUUAAGGAUAUCUUGCAAGCAUCCUUGUACAACUGCAAAGUGUACUCCAAUGAAACUGCGUGCCAGAUUGUUGCCAACCUCUGCGUUCUGACCUUCUACAGUCGUGGGUCUGGUACCUCUGUCUGUGACCGGUACCUCAAGUUGUCCGAGGGAGUCGCAGGACGACCAAGACAAGGGCAAGGCAGUGUACCAUGGCUUUUUUACCUGGAAGAUGACGCAGCUGCAGUGAUGUCUAGAACAGAUGUCCCGAACCAGUUCACUAUAAAGCGGUGGAAAGAGACCUCUUAUCUACACUUUGUUGCUGCCAAAUAUAGCCUCAAAGGAAAAUUUAUGGGCAUUCAACGCUUGGAAAUUCAGGAGCUGAUGUUAUGUGGUACUUCUCUGGCAAAUGCUGAUGUACUUCGAUUUGGGACAACUUUUUUUGACAAGUGCCAAAAGUCAGUGAGAGAUUUGUGGGACUCUUCACAAAUUAUAUUUUAUGAACUCUUUCUGGAAAGCAAACAAGCUAAUGAAGAUAAAAUAUAUCCAGUGCCAGCUAAGAUAGAAAACAUGGAGAAAAACUUGAAGAAACUCAGUGAUGAGGGCGUGUCUACAUGGCAGCUAGUAAGACGAUUCUUUCUGCUUGACCCCAUGUCUGGAAACGGCACAGACACUGCAGCCCCGCAAAAGUCGCCCGUCAGAUUUUUACGUUACGCUAAAGACAUCAAUAUUCACAUCACAAUGCAUAAAAAAGUGAAGCCUGGCACCAUCUACCCACCGCUGUUGACCGUCACUUAUGGUGAAGUCGCAAGAGAUGCCUACGAACAAAACCUGCAAGUUCCUGUUUCGUUUUCAGUCACUUACUCCUCUGAUCGAAACCAGACUGCACAUGACAUGCCGAUUGCCAUAGGUGUGUUGAGCUCACUCGCCAUUUUGUGGGCGUGCAUUCAGAUGGGGAGCUGGGCUCGCAGGUCCGGCAAAACGUCCGUUAACAUUGUGGCACUGCUCAAACUCAUCAUCUUCACUUGUGCCAGCUUGUCCAAUGUCUUCCUGAUGGUUGUGCUGUGUGCAUCACUCAACUGGCUAGUAAUGUACAAGAUGCAAGAUGUUGUCCAUCUCCUGCUGCCAAGUCCACAUCAGGAGCAAGAAAUCAAGACAUUCAUCAUCUUUGCAUUUUUCAUGAAAGCCCUGUACCUGUUGCACAUUGUGUUUGUGCAAAGCAGCGUGGACGUUUUCUUCUUGGACUGGGAGCGCCCGCACGCGACGCCGUCCUGGCCGCGGCACCCUCGUCCCGGCCGCUCUUCCCGACUUCCCGGCGCCGACGACUCCUCGCACCCUCCAUCUGGAAGCGAUGCCGGAAGCGCGGCCGGAGAGAGUACCACCGCAGUCAGCAUCUGGCGAUCUUACUUUGUGGCCAACGAGUGGAGCGAACUCCAGUGCCAUAGGAGGGUGUCGCUCCCCAUGCAGCUGCUGGCCCUGCUUUUGCUGCUCAAGGGGCUUGGAUUGGAAUACUUGACUCUCGCCACUCCCGAGAGUUACUAUGUCCACAACCUCAAGAAUGCGAACAUUCCUUUCAGUGCCACUUGUCGGUUUGCCUUAGCUGCUUCCCUCUACCUCUCAAUUGCAGUACUGCAAGUCUUUUUUCACAAGUUCAUUUAUGAGCGCUUCUACGAAGACAAACUGCAGCACUUCGUUGACUUGUGCUCUGUCAGCAAUAUCAGUGUGUUCAUAUUUGUACAGCCAAAGUUUGGAUAUUAUAUCCAUGGUAGGUCGGCUCAAGGCCAAGCAGAUGUCUCCAUGAGAGAAAUGCACGAACUGCUGCGUAGGGAAGAGGAAGACCUGUGUGGCCAUAGAGGCCUCUUGCCAGAUACCGAGCAGCAAACUUUCCAGAUGGCAUUGCCAGCCAGCGUUUAUGAGCAAUACUGUCGCAUGCGGAGACCACUUACUAUGUACACUCAAGCACCAGAUAGAAUCCAGAUAGCGGAUGGACAUCUUUCCAGGGCCAAUAUUGAUACUGUUGUCAACACAUAUAACAUUGUCACCAAGUUUUUAUCUGCCUUUCUCGAUCACUCCCUGAAGGAUAUUGACUACACUGUAAAAGAUCGAACACUUUUUGAGAAGUUGCUUGACAUUGAGUUCAGUGACGUUGUAGACCGUGGCUUUUUUUACAAUGAUAAUGGACACUCCUUUGAUGCUGUCAUCUACCAUGGGCACGAGCUUACGCUUGUUAUUUUCGACAUGCUCAUGUUUUGUGUGAUUGACUUUGCAUCUUCUGACUUUGUCAUCUCUGCAGUCUUCACCUACAUCAUUGACAAGAUGUUAGAAGGAUUUCGAAGAUUGCUGAGCAGGAGAAACCUGGUCAAGAAGGCUCUUGUGGACGAAAGGUUCUUGUGGUGAAACCUAGAAGGAACUCAUGAUCAAGGUCUCUCAUCUAACUGGCAUCUUCAAUGCUUCAUUCUCCUGCUGUCACAGUAUUUAUUUUAUGCUAGGGGGGAUUUUCUAAAGGAAUGUAGGACUUGAAUUUGAUCUCCCACUACAUUUAGUGAACCGCUGUAGAACCUCAUCUUUUAUUUUUAAAGCAUAAAAUGCUUUUUAACGGAACCCCCUAGUCCCAAAAUAUUGUUUGUCUGUCUGGAUGUCUGUCCGUUCAUUCGUGCAUUUUUUUAAUAAAUUUAGUGGGGAAAUUUAUGUCACGUGACCUAUACAGCAAUUCACUUUCUUUGCUAAAUGUAGCGGAGAAAUUGAUGUCCCAUGAUGCACCAAUCCCCUCUCUCCAUCGUUUCUGUCCCCUUCUCUCUCCCCCCCUCCCCCGGGUGUCCUCCACAUCUGACAUCUUUCCUCUUGCUCCCCCUCCUUCCCCCCCUCUUCCCAUCCUCCUAGGAUACCCUCUCCCUUCCCCACCCCACCUUGGUCAUGGGACGCAACAAAUUCAGUUCCAACACUAAAUUUAGUGGGGAAAUUUAUGCCACAAGACACACCAAUUCCCUCUCCCCAUUCCUCUAUGUUCCCCUCUCCCAAUCACUCUUCAGCCUCUUACAGUGCCCCCACCCUCUUUUGCUCCCCUUUUGCCAUCAACCCCCUCCUGCAGUGCCUUUCCUUCCCCCUCCCUGAUCAUGUGACAACCCUACAGUAUCCUCCUUCCCCCUCCCUGGCUUCAUUCCUGGAACAAGUAACUGUUUAAUUACUUCCAAACAAUUGAAACAGUCACUCUUAAAAACUCCAUAUCAUGCGUUAUAGAACUUUGCCAUUUCAUGCAUUAUUAAACAUUGCCAAUUCUUUUUUUUUUUUACUGUACGCAAAUAAAUUAUUUGCAAACUGG